AUGAGUAUCGACACUCUUCGCAGGCAACGGAUUUAUCUAAAGGGAAAAUUGACUCAGAUCAAGAACUUUAUCAAUAAGGUCAAUAAAGAUGCUAACGCAACACCAGAGGAAGUCACGGCGCGACUUCAGGCAGCAGAGGAGAUAUACGCCAAAUCUCAAAAUAUAUCGCAGCAACUUUUUAUAUUAGAAGACGAGUCCGAUUCAAGGGACGAAGUGGAGGAUGCCGAGUUCGACGAUCGGUACUACUCCAUAAAGGCAGAGUUAUUACAGUUAUUGAAAAGGUUUAAACCACCUCCAGCGGGACCGUCGGAUAGCGGCGCAAGCAGUGUCACUGACGAUACGACUAUGGGCAACGAAUUAUGGGUAUUGGAAGUAUCAGAAGCUGAAUUCUUGGCAGCAUCAGCUGGCAAUGAAGAAGUUCUCAAGCAUUUAAUAGACCGAGAAAAUCAAAAACGAAAUAUGGAAUUAAUCAACAAAGAAGCUAAUAAACCAGAAAAGUCUGUGGAUGUAGCAUCUGAAAUAAAUGAAUCUAAAAAAGAUUCUUUUAUUUGGCCAGAUCAGGCCGUUCUUUUAUUUUUGGAUAUUUAUAGAAAUAAAGAACCUGAGUUUGCCUCAGGCUUAAAACGCCACAAUAAAAUAUGGGCAGAUAUUGCUAAUGAGCUUAAGGAGGCGAACUACAAUGUCACUGCUGCACAGUGUCAAAAUAAAAUGUCCGGCUUAAAAAGGACAUACAAAAACAUAAGUGAUAGCAAUAAGAAGUCGGGCAAUUUUGCUAGUUCUUGGGCUUUUUAUUCCGCAAUGGACUCUAUAUUUGGAAAAAAAGCAUGGUUAGAACCUGUAUCAACUGCGAGCAGUGAUGGUCCAUAUUCCCCAGGCUCUUCCGUACCAGAGAAGUCCGGCUCAUCAGAAAAAUUCACAGAAGACGGGAUAAUGAGACCCUCUAAAAAAAGGCGGGUAGAAUCAAUUUUGGAAUCAUAUAUUACAGAAAUAAAAGAAGAUAAACAAAAGGAGAGACGAGAUAAAGAACAGCGAAGAGUAGAAAGAAUAGAGAGACAGAAUCAAGUCUUUAAUUGAACUGCUGACUAAAAUGGUAGAGCGCAAGUAGCCCAAAAUGUGAUUCUUGUAAUAACUAUUAACUUAUGAGAACAUAUAAAAUUUAAAUUUCAAUCAAAUGUCUCGUUCAUAAAUUCAUGUAUUGAAUUUUUAGCUUCGUUUAUUUGAGAUGCACCUGCAGGCUCUUCUAGUUUGUCAGCUUGCAGUUCUUUGUCAAUCAUCGCCAUACUUUGUUUCUUACUUUGUCGAGCCAAAAGUUUAUUCAAAAUAAUGUUAGUAUGUAAUCAGACGUAAGGCGUCUUUCACUUUAUAAUACAAAAAUACAGAUAAUAUAAACAGAAAAUAACAUAAGCAAGAAAGAAAGAGAAGAUCUUUUUCUUUCUUGCUUGUGUUAUUCUCUGUUCAUAUUACCUGUAUUUUUACAUUAUGAGAGGGGUCUUAGAAUAAGAAGUGUUAUUUUUGUAUUUAAACUUAUACUUACCGUUCGUAUUCUUGUAUGCAAUGAAUUUAUGAACAAGAACAUUGAAAUGAUGCGAGCAACAAUCACAAUCAUAGUAUGUAUUCACUAUAUGAAUACAUACUAUGCUGCAGUGACGCUUUCCUUCAUUUUAUUAGCAAUAAAUUUCCGUUCAGCAUAAGUUAUAUGUGGGAAAAUAAUUCGAAAGAUUUUCUGCAUGUGUUUAUUGAUGUUGUUUUCCACACUUUAAAGUACUAGAAGAGCCUGAAGGUGCAGCUCAAAUAAACGAAGCUAAAAAUUUAAUACAUGAAUUUAUGAACGAGAUAUUUGAUUGAAAUUAAAAUUUUAUAGGUUACACAAGCAAUAUUAUUUUGCAAUAUUUGUUGGAGGAUAACCAUAUGAUUUUCUGCAUGUGCUUAUCGAUGUUUUUUUAUUUAAAAGGUUUAGUGUUAUUACAUUAACUUUAUGUAAUUUAAUUAAUUACAUUUGUGAUUGAUGUAUGUACACACAAGGGUGUUUAUAGAAACUGCAGUAUCCUAGUCAACAUAUAUUUUAUUUUUUAUGUAUUUAUAUUAGAGAUACAUAUUUUGAUAUCUUCUGUAUAUUGACCCUUUUAUGAGGCAGCACCACUAAGUUGUUUUGUUUUUACAUUCUUUGUAUAGCUGCUUUUGUGAUGUCACACAUAAAUUUAGUUUGAAUUGGGUAAUUAUUUAGAGAUACGGACCACCCUCCGAUGACCUUGCCCUUGACAUAUGUUGUCAAGGUCAUCAUUCUGAGUGACCUUCAAAAGGUUUUAGCCGGCGGUCGUUAUUCGUUGAAAAGUUAUUAACAAAAAAUGUAGAGCCGUAUAACGCGUGGAUCUAGUUUCGCCCUGAAAGCAGUGGUCGGUGUGGAGUGGUGUCGCUUCGCGUGGAAGUCGGGAACCCAUGUGGAACUGUACAAUGGUUCUACAUGGGUUCCCGACUUCCACGCGAAGCGACACCACCCCACACCGAUCCCUGCUUUCAGGGCGAAACUAGAUCCACACAGUUCUACAUGGGUAUGAUGUAAUGAACUAUGUUAUGUGUCAAUAAUGAACUAAAUGUAGAAGUGUAGAUUUUUAUUCGUUGAUAUUUUCAGUUAUAGGAUACAUA